AUGCAUAGGAUCUCGCCCAACAACCCGGUAAGAAGAUGCCUGUUCCCUGCCGAAGACCUGGUCGAUGAAGCCAAGAUCGACAACUUCACAAACAUCCUACAAGAGUCUGCUGCUACAGAGAAGUUGGAAAAGAUGCAUAAAUGGAACUUCGACUUCGAAAAUGAAAUAGCACUAGAAGGAACCUGGGAGUGGUUUAAAGGCAACGAUUCCGCAGACUGGAUUGGGAUGGAAACGCAAACACAAGCAAAGUUUGCCUGUGAAGAUGCAUUGAAAGGCACUAACGAUGAAAAUUUCAUGACAAUGAAAUUAGAUAAUGAACUAACGCCCAAAAACGAUAAGGUUGAAAAAGCUCCAAUGCUGAGAAAGAGAAGAAAAGAGGUCGUAGACAAUGCUUUCGGUGGUGCAAGAGGAGUGAAACGCAGGAUCAGCUUCGAAUAA